AUGGACUCGUACGGAGUCCGGAGGUCGGACACCACCAAAGGGCCGCCUCUGCGCAUUCUGUCUCUCGACGGAGGAGGCGUUCGGGGCUACUCUAUGCUCAUCAUCAUCCAGGAACUUAUGUACCGCGCAUUUGUCGAAAUCGAAGGGCGCGCGCCUCGGCGACACGAAAUCCCGAAGCCUUGCGAUCAUUUUGACCUGAUUGUCGGAACGGGCACGGGCGGGUUGAUCGCAAUCAUGCUGGGCAGGCUGCGCCUGGACUUGGAGACAUGCAAGGAGCUGUACGUUCGCAUGACGAAGAUGGUGUUCGAAACAGACAAGACGAUUGCCGGCAUUCCCUACCGAUCUACGCUGUUCAAAGCCAGCAAGCUGGAAGAGGCCAUCAAGCAGGGAGUUUGGGAACACACCGUGUACGGAAAGGAGGGCAACGACAAUGAGGUGGAAGUGGUCAACCCGCUGGAUUCAUCUCGCCGGUCAUCGGGAUCUCCAAAGCGACAUUCCAGCAACGCCAGUACCGUUAGUUUCAGUGCGCGCCAUCCUUCCGGCCAGAUCUCUUCGCGGCCAGCCAUCAAUCUGAAAUAUGGAAAUGGAAAUGCAAGAUUAUACGACGCGAGAGAGAAUAGGACCAAGACUGCUGUGACAGCAAUGUAUCAAGGAUCCGGAAGAGGAGCACCCGCCGUGCUGUUACGGUCCUACGAUUCGCGCAAAGAGCCACCGCCGGAAUUCGACUGCAAGAUCUGGCAAGCCGGCCGGGCCACUUGCUCCAUUGGCCUUGCUUUUAAACCCGUCCAGAUUGGCCAGUCAAUAUUCCACGAUGAUGGCGCCGGCACCUUUAACCCUGCCCCCGAGGCUCUGGAUGAGGCAGUCGUCAACGAAUGGCCAGGACGAGAUGUUGGAGUGUUUGUCAGUGUUGGCACUGGAAAGCGGCCCCGAGGAAGUGAUGGGAACCAGCAAGUGUGGUAUGAGGGCUUCUUGGGAGAGUUUGCCGAGGCGCGAAGAAAGAUGAUUUCCAAAAUCGAAGGCUGCGAGAAAAUCCACGAGUACAUGAUUCGCGAGCACCUGGCGAAGCGAUGCAUCAAUGUCGAAAACUACUUCCGUCUCAACGUCGAAGUGGGAGUUGGCGAGUUCGGAAUGAACGAGUGGAACCGGUUGAGCGACAUCAGCACUGGCACUCGACGAUACAUGUCCCGAGCAGACGAGCAAAAGAUGAUCCAUGGCAUCUCGACAAGGCUGGCCAAGAUCCACAGGGCAAAGCUACGAUGGGAGCGAAGCACUGCCAAUGUGCCCGAGCUGGUUAAGUCGACGUCGGAGAACAACUAUGAGCAACCUUUUGCGGUUGAGCUGCCCGGCGACUCUCCGGUUGGCUUCCUCUCACAUAGCCCGCAAAGCCCACCGAGCCGUUCGUCUUUUGACUCGGGUGCGGACAGUCUACACCUGCAGGCAAAUACCUUGGCUUCUCCCAGAGUUUCUGGCGAUCAUAUCCGGCCAGGCACUGGACAUUCUCGUUACGGGAGAACCGUCAGUCCCGCAUCUGAGAAGGGGACCGUGGACAUGUCGCCAGCGCCGAGCCAGUACAGGGUCGCCUAUUCCGAUGACCCAAUUGCUAUUACGAGCCCUGAUGAGGAGCCAAAGUAUCAGCUGCCUCUGGUGCCUCCCAAGCAGUACUCUCGAGUUGAACCGCCAUCGGUACCAUCCAAAGUAGCGCCGCCUCUGCCACCAAAGACACCCUUGUCUGGAUACGGCCACCGACCACGAGAUUCGGAGACGUCGAUUCCCCCUUACCCCGUUGAUGACGACGACCAAGGUCCGCCUCCAGUCAAUAUGGCACGGAAGCCGGAUUAUCUACAAUAUUAG